ACAUUGUUAUGUUUGAUGUUGGAUGUAGUUGUUGCAAGUGUCCACAUGGGGACAUUGUAGACCAUCACAUCUGAACUUCCUCUCUGGUUGCUCGGGGCUCCUCCCAGAUUCAGAGGACUAUGAUGUUUCUCUGGCGACUGAAACAAAGAGACGGAGACGGUGAAAGAGAAGAGACGACGACAAUUUCCGUGGGCUGGUUUCUAUUGCUUUGGUGUAUUUGUCUACUCAGCUUCACUUCUUUAUUUUUGUGACGGAAUUGAAUGAACCUGUCUCUAUGAUUAUUCUCGAUGUAUGGAAUUAUGCAUUCACCGAGCAGAAGGAGCUCUGUGUGGAUUUAUCUCUUGGUCGUGCUGCUGGAUUGUUACUGGGAAGCGGUGUCUGGGCAGCUCUCUUACUCCGUCUCAGAGGAGGUAAAUCUGGGGACUGUUGUCGGGAAUAUCGCUAAAGAUCUGAACCUCAAUGUCCAGGAUUUGGAGUCGCGCAUGUUUCAGAUCGUUGCUGGAUCAAAGACAAAAUAUUUCGAGGUAAAUCUAAAGACUGGUGUCCUGUAUGUCAAUGAGAGAAUAGAUCGAGAGGAACUCUGCGGCGACGAGCCCAAAUGUUCACUGAGUGUAGAAGCAAUUAUUAACAACCCGUUAAAACUGUACCGGAUACAAAUUAUAAUCCUGGAUGUAAAUGAUAAUUCCCCGUCAUUUAGAAGCAGGUUACAGGUGAUUAAUAUCACAGAGAACACAGCAGCAGGUGCAAAAUUUCUAUUGAAACGAGCUCAGGACGCAGACGUUGGCAAAAAUACUGUAAAUACCUACAAACUCAGCCAAAAUGAACACUUUUCUCUGGCAACACAUAAAGGGGAAACUGUAUCUCCCGAAUUACUGCUUCAGAAAGUUUUAGACAGAGAAAACCAGCCUGUGAUCAAACUCCUACUGACUGCCAUUGAUGGAGGAACUCCUGCAAAAUCUGGAAGUAUGACCAUUAUAAUCAACGUGUUAGAUAUUAACGACAAUCCCCCUGUAUUUAGUCAAACGCUGUAUAAGGCGAGUGUGUAUGAGAAUGUAAAGAUAGACACAUCGAUAAUAACAAUAAAUGCUACUGAUUCAGAUGCAGGACAAAAUGGACAAAUAUCAUAUUCCUUUAUUGACAUAGACCAGGGGAAACAAACAGAUCUGUUUGCUAUAGAUGAAAAAACUGGGACUGUAACAAAUAAAAUGAACAUCGACUUUGAAGAAAAUAAUGCUUUUGAGAUUCGAGUACAAGCCAGUGAUGGGGCUUCCUCACCAAUGACCUCACAUGCCAAGUUACUGAUUGAAGUUUUAGACGUUAAUGAUAAUGCACCUGAAAUUUCAGUUACAUCACUGUUAAACACUGUGAAAGAAGAUGCGUCCAUUGGCACCGCCAUUGCACUUGUUUCAGUAUUUGAUAAAGACGGAGGGAAAAAUGGGAUGGUGAACUGUAAGAUUUCCAAUAAUGUACCUUUUAAAAUAGAGUCAAAUUAUAAGAAUUCUUACUCGCUGGUGGUGGACGGUCCUCUUGACAGAGAGAGCGCAUCUCAAUAUAAUAUCAGCAUCACUGCUACUGAUGAGGGCAGCCCCCCUCUUUCCAGCACGAGCGUUAUUACUGUACACGUCUCAGAUGUAAAUGACAACAAACCUCUGUUCACAGAAAAUAUAAUUAAUGUCUAUGUGAAAGAAAACAGUCCAGUGGGGGCAGUUAUAAAAACAGUUUCAGCAAUAGAUGCAGACGUUGAUCAAAAUGGUCAGGUGAGCUAUUCAUUUUUACAAACUGACAGUAACUCGCUGCCUCUCUCGACAAUGAUUAACAUCAACUCAGAGACUGGAGAUAUAGUCAGCCUGCAGUCUUUUAACUACGAGGAGUUAAAGACGUUCCAGUUUAAAGUUCAGGCCACAGACUCUGGUGUUCCUCCGCUCAGCAGCAACGUGACUGUGAACGUUUGUAUCCUGGAUGAGAAUGACAACAGUCCCGCGAUCCUCGCGCCCUAUUCUGAGCACGGCUCCGUUAACAGUGAGAGCAUCCCCUAUUCUGCUGAAGCGGGAUACUUUGUGGCAAAGAUCAGGGCUGUAGACGCAGACUCUGGAUACAACGCGCUGCUUUCUUAUCACCUGUCUGAGCCCAAAGGAAACAACCUCUUCCGGAUCGGAACCAGCACCGGGGAGAUCAGGACUAAGAGGAGGAUGAGUGACAAUGACCUGAAAACUCACCCCUUGGUGGUGUUGGUUUCUGAUAACGGAGAGCCCUCCCUGUCAUCUACUGUGUCUAUUGAUGUGGUGGUUGUUGAAAGCACAGCUGACAUCCAGACUCAGUUCAGACAUGUGCCCAUAAAGGAGGAGAGCUUCUCUGAUUUGAACCUGUAUCUGCUGAUCGCCAUUGUGUCGGUGUCAGUGAUCUUUCUGCUGAGCCUCAUCAGUUUAAUAGCUGUGAAAUGCCACAGGACAGACGGCAGUUUCAGCAGGUACAGCGCCCCAAUGAUCACCACCCACCCUGACGGGAGCUGGUCUUACUCUAAAGCUACU